GCUUCUGCCUAGUAGUUUAUUUACUUGUACAACAUUGGUAGCUCUGAGAUUGAGAAAUGAUCACUCUGCAUCUGGUUUCCAAGUCCCUGCCAAAGUUUGGCUCCCGAGUCUGAAAAUUCUUGACCUUGACAAUUCUAUGUGCUUUUCCAGUGAUGAUUCUGCUGAAAGGCUGUUUUCCAACUGCCCUGUUCUUGAGGAUCUGGUUAUCAGCAGUUAUUUUGGAGAGCAUGAUGACUGCAAAUUAAUUGUUUCUAGUUCUACACUCAAGAGGCUGACAAUAAAAUCCGUAAGCAAUGAGGACUAUAACAGUUUCGAGAUUGUGAUUAAUGCCCCAAAUCUUGUCUACUUGAAAUACACUGGUUGCGAAGCAAACUCUCAUGUAUUUGUGAAUGUGCAGUCUCUUACCGAAGCCUAUAUAAAUUUUCAGAUAUAUUUGUCGGAACAGGAUUAUUUUUGUCCUGCUAGUGGUCUGUUGACAGGGAUAAGAAACGUUCAGACACUUUGUUUACCUUGUAGUACCCUACAUUAUUUUAAAGGCCUCAGUGUUCCAAUCCCUUUGUUCCGUAAUUUGACUAAUUUGAGAAUUACCCACCGGAUGCCUUUCGGCUUUUCAGGGCUGCCAAAUUUAUUGGCACAAUGUCAUUGUCUAGAACUACUUGUUUUGGAAUUGUCUACAGGUUAUGAUCCAGACAAACGAUUUUUAUGGGAUCCUUAUCCUUGGAACGAGCUCAAGGAAUCUGGAGCCAUUUGUUUGUCGUUUGGCCUCAAGACGCUUGAAGUUUUAUCAUUUGUUGGGGGUGAACAUCAAAUGGAAAUGGUGAAGUACUUUCUGGGAAGUGCAAGAGUUCUAGAGAACUUGAAAAUUCAAAUGAAGGCAAGCGAGGAAGAACAACUCAGGAUCACCGAAGAGUUAUCAAUGCUACCAAAAGUCUCACAAAAAUGCAGAGUCACUUUUGUCUAGGUAUAUUCAUAUCCUGGUAAGUUGAAUUGCCUAUCAUUGUUCAGUAAAUUUUGAUUUUCAAUCUAAAAGUAUUGUACUCCCUUAAGUUUUUGGUUUUAUGCCAUCGAUGAGAUCCUUUCCUGUAUAAACUACCCUUUUUCUAACAAUGGCAAUUUUGAUUGAUGUAGCUUUGUGUCCAAAAUUAUUGUCUUGUGCAAUGUUAUUGAUUCUAUUUCAUGCCCGUAUUCUCUUUUCUAUGCUUUAUUCUUGUGUAGCUGAUUUUUGUUCUAGACUAGAAGAGGUAGGACUGAAGUCUGUGAAAGUUAAAGAAUUCAUCUCACAUAAGUUAGUCACAAACUUAGCCUACAGAAAACAUUUUAAUGGGAUUCUUGGUUCACAAUUCACACUGAAGGAAUCUGGAGUCAGCUGUUUAUUGUUUCACCUCAAGACAAUUGAAGUCUUAUCAUUUGUGGUGGGUGAAGAUCAAAUGAAAAUUGUUGAGCAUUUUCUGGAAAGUGCAAGAGUUCUAGAGAACUUGAAAGAAUCAAAUUCAAAUGAAAAAGGAAGAACAACUCGUGAUCACAGAAGAGUAACUGGCGCUACCGAGAGUCAGAAAAAUGCAGAGCUUAUUGUCUUGGUGUCUCCAUCUUUCUGUCAUGUCGAAUUGCUGACCAAUGUUGUUGAUGUUGUUUUUUUUUUUUCUUGGUCAAUGCCUACAGCUGUUUCAGUUAUUUUACGUUUUAUCUAAAAGGCAUGCCAUUGUUUGGUUUGGAUAUAAAUUGCUGUUCCUAUCUAAUAGUGGCAAUUUUGGCUGAGAUAGCUUUGUGUCCAAAAGCUUGUGCAAUGGACAAAGCCUUUGAACAGGCAUUGCCUUUUUUAUAACUGCAUGGAUAAUCUAUUUUCAUGAGCACUUUAUCAAAUUUAAGAGCAUGGAAUCUUGAAUUUCCU